CGCAAACGAAAAGUAUAGAGAAUUGGUUGAAAAGUUUGAAGGAGCGGGCUACAAGAUUCAGCUAGCCGAGAUGAAUGACAAGGGCUUCAUCACUGUCGACGACCUUGCACCGGGAGACAAGAUACACCCUGGGGAUUUUGGCUUUUCCAAGAUGGCUGCUGUCUGGGCUAACGCAUUCCUUGCGGCAGAGAAAAAGGGAUACAUCACAGCCCCUUAUGAGUUUCCCGAGGGCGGUGAGGACAACGGUGUUUGCGAACCCAACAGAGAUGACUUCAGAGGACCAGUGAUCACCCAGGCGGGCAGCGGAUACGAUGAUGGAAAAUACAAGCACAAUUCCGUCGAUGGAGGCAUGAGGUUUGUCUACAACGGCGUGGCAGAAAGCUCGUUACUCGGCCAUUUCCACUACGCUCAGCUCACCAAUAUCGGUGGAGCGGAUCUUGCAGCUGACGAAUUCAUUCGAGUUCUCGAUGAUGAUCAGAUGAACGAUGGUGGAGUGUUGAAGCCUCGUUUCUCAUACAAACGUAACCUCGGGGAUGGUAGAUUCGACCGGCUGGGGUGGAUCGAGUUCAAUCCCAAUUCGGAGUGCAAGAACCGCGGCGUGCGUUGGGGUGAUUUCAACGGAGACGGAUUAGACGAUUUUAUUUGCAUCAACCAAGAAGGUAAUGUGUACCUAUCGCUUAACAAAGGUGGAGACCCUCCCACGUUCGGAAAAAUCGAUAUGAUACGCGCGAUGGGUGUCCCCCAAGCCAGAAUUCGUCUUGGCGACAUCGAUGGAGAUGGGCGGUGCGACCUCUGCUGGUUUCCGGUCGACAGCGGCAAUAUUCACUGCAUUCGAAACAUGGGUAUAGGUGAUAAGAUAAGCUGGCAACCAAUGGAGGGUUUCGAUGGAGCUGCGCCGAUAUUUGAUGCCCAGGGCAUGCCCAGCAUUGACGGAGUUCGUCUGAUUGAUAUAAAUGGGGAUGGCAGAUACGACUGGGUCUACGUAUACCCUGACGGUCACACGAAGAUCUUUAUCAAUCACCGCGGUCUCAAAGUUGAUGGGCCGGGUCUCAAGCCAAAGUGGGUCGAAGCCGAGACUCCUCACAGAGGCUUUCCCGGCGAACUCGACGACUCUCGUCGCAUUUUAUUUGGUCGUAUUUGGGGCUCCGGUCGCAACGACCUGGUUCGACAAUUGGAUGUAGACGGCCAAGACUUUUCCUACGAGUUCUGGUAUCACCAGAAUACCGGGCAAGGUGGAACCAGACUCAAAGGCGAUGGAGUAUAUUACUGCGACAUGUUUGGCCGAGGACACGACGACUAUCUCUGGGUCUGGUCUGGUGGGGAAAUCGAACUGUUUGAGAACUUGCAGAAUCCGCCGAACUGGAAGAACCAUGGGCAAAUCUACAAUACCCGCAAGAACCGAAAAUGGAUUCAAUUCGGCGACUGGGAUGGAGACGGGAAAUGCGAUAUUCUCAACACCGAUCGAAACACUGGUGAUGUUUGGAUGUAUCGCAACACCUGGGCAGAAGGCAAAACGUCACCUACAUUUGCCGAUCCCGUGAAGGUGAAGAGCGGAGGGGACUGUCCUCAGAAGUAUAGUCCUGGACUGUACGAUUUGGCAGUGAGAUUUGGUGAUUUGGACGGCGACGGUCGAGUCGAUUACCUGUGCUUGGCUCCUGAUGGUACAACGCAAGGAUGGCUCAACAAAGCCGGUGAUGCUCCAGAACCUAUGAAUCCCUUACAGGUCAAAGUCACCGCGGGCUUUGAUAGAGCGAAUCAUAGAUUUGCCGAUGUAAAUGGAGAUGGACGUGCUGACUUUCUAUGGGUCGACAAGUUCACCGGAAACGUACGGACCUGGAUCAACGAGGGUCUCAUCCCCGCUGACAAUGUCGGGAGCUCAAUGACCUGGACCUUUCGGGGCGAAGAUUCGUGGCCAUCAGGCAAGAGCCGUGGGCAGAACGUCCAUUUCCCGAAGAUGGGCAACACCGGACGCGCGGAUUAUCACUGGGUAAAUCCUGCAACAAGUUAUGCCGAAACCUACUUCAACGAGUGCGGGGGAGGCGGAGAUAAUGGUGAAGGUCCUGAUGAUCCAAUCGGACCCAGAGAUCCACAGCUACCUGGGAUGCCCAUACCUGGAUUCCCUGGAGGUGAUACCGGCGGAGUUUGGCCGUUGUUAACGAUUGGACCUUUUCAGACCACUGUAUCUCUCGAUCUUCCAACAGCUUCCAAGGUCUAUGAAUACCUGAAGAAUCCCGUCUGUAAACGCGCUUCUGCUGCCACGGAAUGUUUCAUAUCCAUCAACAACCGAAUUCUGGAGAAAGAGGAUCUUGUGCGGGACAUUUUGAGUCUUUAUGAGGCGGACCCAGUCGAAAUCGACCCAGAAGACCUCGAAGACCUUCCCAAGUACUCAGAUGUAAAUGAGCAAGACGCUUUCAUUCCAUCGGCUAUUGCCACUGCGAGCGUUUUGGGGGCAAUGGAUCCCACAAUUGGCAAAGCCGCUGCCGUUUGGGUAGCGUACGCGAUUAUGAAUCUGGCCAUCAAAAGCUUCGAAUACAACAUCGGACAAGACGAUCUCGAGCAGUUUUCCAUCCCAAGAACAGGUAUAAUGAACAAGAAGUGUCCAUCAAGAGACGACAUUACCUGCCCGAAUCUGCUCUGCGAAGGCAGUAACGGCCAAUGCCAAGGACUUUUCUCGGGAUGCUCAUGCACGGAAGAAGACGAUACGUGUCCUACAUCAGAUGAAGUCCGAUUGACAUAUCUAUGUCAAGUUCCCACUUGUAUGGGUGAUUCAAGCAGAAGGGAGUGUACGGUUGAAGACAAAAAGGGAUGCGACUGUGCUCCAGGUCCGUGGGAGGCUACAGAUUGGUGGCCAGAUCGCAACUUACGAGAUGAGCUGUGGGAUGAGUUCUACUCGAAUAUGGGGAUCACUGAGUGA